GCAUUCCCCGCUGCUCCUGGUACACGCCUCGUUAUCCUUCACUUCUCGUGAUUGAUCAAUCUCGCGCCUCACCAUGGAUCCCUAUGACAGUGACUCCUCCGGCUUUGACGAUGACGGAGACUUUACCGAGACCGGCGUGCUGCUGGGCUACGCAGCAGACGAGAUUGUAGAGGAUACCAUCAGCCAUCUGGGAGGCUGGCCUACCUGGCUCGACAACGCUACCCCGCCCCCCGGCGACUUUGCCAAAUGCAAAGUCUGCAGCCAACCCAUGCUCCUCCUCCUCGAACUCCACGGCGACCUUCCCAAUGACUUCCCCCACGACGAGCGGCGCCUCUACAUUUUCUCGUGCCCCAGAAAGCCCUGCAACCGCAAGCCCGGCAGUGUCCGGGCUCUUCGCGCCACCAGAAAGCUGAAGAUUGAGCAGCCGCCUCAACCCAAGAAGGAGGAAAAGCCAGAGCCCACAGAAGAGAAGAAAACCGACCCCCCGGCUCCCAAGCAGGAUCUUGGAGCCAGUCUGUUCGGCUCUUCCUCUCUCACCGGCAGUGUCUCCGCCAGCGCAAACCCCUUCUCCUCCGGUGCCUCCUCCGGCCUUCCCAGCAACCCAUUUGCUGCCCCGGCCCCCUCCCCGGGUCUCUCAUCGCAGCCCGCCAAACCCGCACAGACAACCCCUUCAUCCACCAAAACACUUUCCGAAUCCUUCGCCGACAAGGUCCGAGUCUCCUCCCCACCCCCGACGACCCAGCCCCCCGAAGCCUCCGGCCCGAGUGCGCCCUGGCCCUCGCAGUCCGAGUUCCCGGCGCCCUACACCCAGUUUUACCUGGAUGCCGAGUACGAGACCAUGUCGCGGCCAUCCACUCCCACGAUCCCCGCCAACGUCACAAUCGAUAACACGGAGGAGGAAGGUGCCGGGGGCUCCGGAGAGUUGAAGGAUGCCUUUGAAUCCGAAUUGGACAAGGCAUUCAUCCGCUUCUCCACCCGACUGGGCCACAACCCUGAGCAGGUCCUGCGCUAUGAGUUCCGUGGAACCCCGCUGCUUUAUUCCCACGCCGACGCCGUUGGAAAGCGUCUCCAUGAUCCGAAAAACCCCAGCCCUGGUGCUCGGGUGACCACCGUUGCUGCUUCAAACCGUAUUCCCCGGUGCGAGUACUGCGGUAGUGAGCGAGUGUUUGAGUUUCAGCUCGUGCCUCAUGCGAUCAGCGUGCUGGAGGAGGGAAGAGACGUCGGUCUCGGCCCCAAGGAUGAUGCCGGUAUGGAAUGGGGUACCAUCAUCCUGGGUGUCUGCAGUAAGGACUGCGGUCCCAAGGAAGUGGGUGUGGUCGGAUACCGCGAGGAAUGGGCCGGCGUGCAGUGGGAGGAACCCACAAAAUAGAUGAUGGCUUACGCUUUACCAUAAUGUUGACGUUGAUGACCAUAUGCAUAUAGACAUGCGUUGAGCUUUUCUUUCGAAUCAAAAGUAUAUCCUACUCUUCUUUCACCUAUUCGGGAUCAUCAAGUAGGUUUGGUUUCUUCUGUAUACGGACAGUGGAUAUCUUGGUGAAAUUAUUUUCACGGAGAGAGAAAGAAAAAUGAGGAAAAUGGAGGAAGAGGAAGACGAUGAUGAUAAACAACCUAGUCAUGCAGAAGCAAAACUCAAAACGCCAAUUGCGCCAGGUCCGGACUUCCCAACCCUCCCCAUGCUGGUCUAUCCCCCGUCAUCAUCAUCUUUUUUGGGCUCCGAGCUCGUGUCAUGGGUGGAACAAUAAUGCUACGUCCCGUUUGCUUUUAGCGGUCGUUUUCUUCUUCCAACAAAGACAGGCCUGGGGUGUUGUAACCACCCAGAGUCAUCUUCGAGGUAAAAUAUUAGCAAGAAUAGAAUAGGG